AGUGGAGUAAUAACAUAUUUUUUCAUUUAUGGACUGUUUUUUGGUGCGCCUACAGUUUUUAUUCCGCAAAUAUGGAAAGAAGCAAAUUCGACUGACGCGAUCAGCAUGGAUUCAGUGUCUUGGUUAUGAUCACAAAUUAAUAGUUUUAAUAAAUAUUAAACUGUAAUUAUCAUGGAAGAAACUUCCGAAGAAUAUAAAUUACCAAAUUCUAGUUCAACAAAAUCGUCAUGGAUUUAUUUAAUUAGACAGAUGUUUGUUUGCAGUGGAGUUACAUCGUACUUUUUUAUUAGUGGUUUGUUUUUCGGUGCACCGACUGUUUAUGUGCCUCAAAUACGCAAAGAGGCAAAUUCUACUGAAAUUAUUUCUAUGGAAAUGGUAUCCUGGCUGUUCUCUAUUUCUAGUUAUGGAGCCGUAAUAUGGACAUCAACAAUUCCAAUAAUCGCUGCACGAUAUGGAAGGAAACUACCGUUCAUUAUUGCAUGGGUUGUUACAAUGAUUAGCAUUUUGUUGAGUUAUUUUAGUACUACUGUUACUGAACUUUUUGUGAGUAGUUUUUUAUCUGGAAUACUUCCAACAAUAGUUAUAAUAAUGUCUAUCAUGGUUCUCACUGAAUACACAUCACCCAAGUAUAGGGGAAUUUUGAUCACAUUCAAAGGUGCUACAUUUUAUUGGGGUGUUUGGGUGUCGAAUGCCAUUGGAACUUUUUUUCAUUGGAAAAAUAUUUGCAUAGUUGCCUUUGUUUGCUGCAUCUACAAUAUUAGUAUAUUGUUAUGGCCGGAGUCACCUGUUUGGUUAGCCAAGAAAGGCCGUUUUAAAGAAUGUGCGAUAUCUCAUCGGUGGUUGAAAGGGCAGGAUAAUGUUUCUGAAGAAGAGCUCAAGGAACUUAUUUUUUUGCAAAGAGAACAAUUUAAGCGAAAACAAGAACAAAGAAAUGGAUUCAAGAAUAAUAAAAUCAUCAAAUUAAUUCGUACUGUCAAACGCAAAAGCUUUUAUAAACCACUGUUGUAUUCAAUACUAACAAUCGGCCUGUACCAUUUUUCUGGAAAAAUGGCUUGUACGGGUUACGUGUUAGAUAUUAUUAAAAAAAUUAGUUCAAGUGAAUCAAUGGCGUAUGAAGGAAUGCUUGUGUUAGAUGGUAUUACUGUGCUAGGAAUGUAUAUUGGUGUUUUUCUUAACAGGUUUCUCAAAAGACGUACAUUAUUAUUAGGAUGUGCUUCUAUAGGUGUUGUUUGCUUGUUUAUUUUAUCAAUAUAUUUGUACUUAAUACAUUUUAAUGUUGAGUAGAAAACAAAUAUUUAACACUGUUCAUUUUAAUCUCCUUUUCAGUAAGUAUUAGUUGCGGUCCAAUGAUAAUGUCUAUGUGUUUUUCAAGUGAGUUAACACCAUUAAAAGAUAGGAGUUUGUUUUUAUUCAUUUUCACAUUGUAUAGUAAUAUUAUUAUGGGUGUCACUUUAAAAGUAUUUCCUUACUUUUUAAAAUAUCUUAACACCCAUGGAACAUUUUUGUUAUUUGCUGUAAUAUCGUCAAUAUUUAUAUGUAGCUUAUAUAAAGUUUUACCAGAAACAAAAGACAAAACAAUUCAAGAUAU